GUGUUUCUAAACCACUUCCUGCCACUGCUUUGUGCAGGGAGGUGGGGGCUCAUCUCCAGCAGUGUUAAAUUUCCCUCAGUUUGGUGAGGACACUCCCAGCACUCCCCAGUCCUGGGCUCGGCCAGCCUGUGUCCAUGCAACAGCCUCUGGAACCAGGAAACUCUGUGCAGGGAGCAUCUACACUGCAUCUGGGAACACGCCUCCCAGCCUGGUCCGUUUCCUGAUGAUGCAAGAAACUCUCCAGCCUUUCUGGGAAUUUCAGCCUGGCACACGGGAAGACCCUUCUGGUUGGCUGCCUUUCCACCUCCUGGGGACGAGCAGCCAAUCAAGGCUGCUGCAAAGGCAGCUGGAGCUCCUCCCCUCCUCUCCAGAGCUGUGUCUGGGUGAUGGAGGGGCAGGGGGAGCAGCCAACAACAUCCUUGCAGGAGGGGAAGGAAUGAAAAGAGUCCCCCUCCCUCCCCCAUCCUUGCAGCUGGGAAGGGUGAAGAGGAGCAGGCCUGGGAGAGGGUGUGAAGAACCCCUGGUACUAGAGGAGGAGCAGAGGUUGGGGUUGGAGAGCACAGAAUUAAUGCAUGAGAAUGGGGGAGAAGCUCUGGAGACACCUCUGAGUCCCAUCCCUCUCCCCCCCCCGCCACAGCAGCAGACCCACCUUUCACUGGAACCUGCCCAGAAAGGCAGGAGCUGUGCACUGCAGCUGCUGAGCGUGAGCAGCAGGAGUAGUGCAGAGGGAGGAGAUGUCUGCGGGCUCUGGCACCGGAAAUCCCCGUGGGUUACAGCUGCAGCGAUGCUAACCCCCUGGGCACAGCCAGAGCUGCUGCUUCAGCAAGACAAGCUGUGGGGGGGGGGGUCUCCACCAAGGCUGGGGAAAUGAAGCAGUAAGACUGGUGCCAUCAGGAUCGGGGCAGGAGACAUUGCCUGGAUCCAGUCUGGAGCAGCUGCAACCAGCGUGGGCAUCUGCCCUGAAUCCAGAGUCACUCCAGUCUGGGAUCAAGGAUCUUUCAUCGUAGGAGAAAAUCGUGUUUCCCGCCCAUGGGCUCCUCCUGCUGUAACUGCAGUGACUUUUCAGGUCUGGGGCAUGUGCAAGGCACUGGUGCCAUGUGGGGGCUUGUCGGGGCACUGGUCCUGUCACACCUGGUAUCCCUGUUGUGGAAUAUUGUCUGCUGCGUGAGGCACACGGCACACAGAGAUGAGUCCAGGAAGCUCUUGCCUCUGUUCAGCAGAAGUGUGAAGCAUGUGACUGAGGAGAUUCCAGUCUAUGGAAACAUCAGUUACCUGCAGACAGGGCAAAGUUCUGGGUUUGAAAGCUCAGUGGUGCCAGAGUCCCAGGAAGAGCAGGAAUCCAGCCCCAAGAAGCCUACGUGCUACGCCAACCUCAAGAUGCUGAAACCCCAAGGCCGGCAGCUGCCAGAAUCAUCAGUGGGGGGUGCUGAGAUCCAGUACACAGAUGUGGUGGUGACGGGGCCCAGGCGGUCAGAGCCAGAGAUUUGGGGCGGGGGGCCCCUGAAGGGCAGAGAGGCUACUCGGCCGCAGUCAGAGCUUUACGCGUCUGUGCACGCAGACAGGUACACAGCGAAGUUUGAGAACCAAGACUACGCGAACAACCAUGCGGUUCCCAGCUGAAGGGUGGGGGGCUAACGGGGUUCUGUGUGCAUGAUCCAUAGCAAUAAAUACAAGCUUCACU